AUGGCUCCUGGCCCAGAUCUUCAGGAUCCAAAGAAGGAAGAGCAAUGGCACAUCAUGCCCCUUUCUCUCAGUUCCAAGAAUGUAUGGAUGGUGGUGCUCCUGAGUAGAAUCAGCUGGACAGUAGGAAGCAUAAACUGUCCCAAGGAAUGUACAUGCAAAUACCUAUCUGUCAAUUGCACAGGGAAACUGCUGGAAAAGUUCCCAAUUACAAUUCCACUGGAUACCAGACAGCUGGUUCUGGCUCAAAACAAACUCAGCUACUUGCCCUCAUUAGAGUUGCAUUUUCUCAGUGACUUAGUCUACCUAGAUUGCAACAGCAACACUUUAGGUAAGGACCUGGAUUUCACUUUUGACAGCAUGAUCAAGCUUAUCUACUUAGACCUCAGCUUUAACAACCUCACACAGGUAACGUUUGGCACCUUUUCACAACUCAGCAGUCUGGUGGUGCUAAAACUCUCAGACAAUCCCAGCCUGAUGGAGAUUGAGAAGGACUCUUUUGCUAACAAUACCUGGUUGAGGCAUCUAGAUGUGAGCCGCUGCAGCUUGAUGUUCAUUGAUACGAGUACAAUCAGGGACUUGCCUAAUCUGAGAAGCCUGGGCUUAGGUGAGAAUCCCUGGUUCUGCAAUUGCUCCUUCAUGGAAUUUACUAUUAAUCUU